AUGGCACACCAAGACUACAAGCUCACGCAGGAGCAGGUCGACCACUUCAUGCGCCAUGGAUUCAUCCGACUUACCGACUGCUUCUCCCGGGCAAAAGCUGCUGAGUGGACCGCCGACGUAUGGACGCGACUCGGCUACUCGCCUACAGACAAGUCAACAUGGGCUGCUGAACGCAUUCACAUGCCCGACCACAAGGAAGAGCCAGUUAGGACUUUUGCACCCAAAGCAUGGGCCGCCAUCUGUGGGCUUCUCGGCGGCGAGGACCGCCUGAUGGCCCACUCGGCUACCUGGAACGACGCGUUCAUCGUUAAUCUCGGCACGGCUGAGUCGGAAGGAAAGGUACCCAAGCCGACCGAACUGGACGGGUGGCAUGUUGACGGCGACUUUUUUAUCCAUUUCCUUGAUUCGCCUGAGCAGGGGUUGCUCGUCAUCCCCCUGUUUACCGACAUCCAGGAUCAUGCGGGUGGCACCAUGGUCUGCUCGGACGCGAUCAAAGUGGUGGCUCAGUACCUGUAUGAUCAUCCCGAGGGUGUAUCGCCGUACAUGGUUCCCCGAGGCAGUAACCUGGAUCCCGACAAGCUUGACUUCUACGAUUCUGUCGUACAAAACUGUCAUGAGUUUCACGAGAUGACGGGCAAUGUGGGAGAUGUGAUCCUUCUCCAUCCACUCAUGGUACACUCGGCUUCGGUAAACAGUUUGAGAAUUCCGCGCAUCAUCACGAACCCUCCUGUUUCACUGAACGAGCCUUUCAACCUUGAUCGCAAUGACCCAAGCCAGUACAGCAUUGUCGAAAGGAAGACCCUCCACGAUCUCGACAAAGAUCGAUUGAAUGGGUGGAAGAUCAAGGGUGGAAGAGAAUCCGUGAAGCCUGACCGGCUGAAAACUCAAGAGGAAAUGAAAGAGCAGGAACUGAACCGGCUCAAGACGCCCCCAAGCAAGCCUGAGCCUGGUAAGCUGGCGAGACGGCGCGAUCAAUGCUCUCUGAUGUGA